AUGUCCGGUUCUCUCCCGUCUUCCGCUGCGGCGGCUGUGGACGAUUUGCAUUCAGAAGAUAGUGAAUCUGCGACAGAUAGCUUGAAUCCUGCCAAUGAUGAAGGUUGGGAGGACAUUGAACCAGAGGACGAUUCGCAGCCUGUUGUUGGGCUUUUCAGUGAUGAUGUCUAUCCGGACGUGCGCUCAAUGCUGAAGGAGAGUAGGGAAAGGUACAACUUCGACCUUGUGAAGGUGCAGAAGUCUCUCGUGAAAUUGGUUAACUACAUUCGUUCCGAGGUCAAGAAGGGGAAUCGCAACCCGGAUGUUUCGUCCAAGUCACUUUUUGAGGAUGACAUCUACCUCAAACCCGUACUCGAUGAUGAUGCCCUGCUUUAUAGUCUGGAAGACCUCGAAGACGAGCCGGAGACAGUUGAUGGAGGAGUGCAUUUAGCUAAUGGACGCAGUUCGGCAGAAAAACGGAUCAUUGAGCUGCAAGAAGAGCUAGAGCGCUUGCAAGGCCAGUUCACAGACUACCGAUUGGCUGUGCAGAGGUCAUUGAAUGAACAGCUUUUUAAGGACGAGGACCCCAUCACUUCUUCAGGCGCACCAGAGAGGAAAGGCUCAGUACGGAAAAAGUUAGAGAGGGAUGAGGAAGCGGAUGCAGACUAUUUAACAUCUUACUCUUACAACGGUGCGUCGAGGUCUCAAACCAUCCAUGAGUCCAUGCUUAAAGACACGGUGCGUACGGAUGCUUACCGGGACUUCAUCUACGACAACAAAGGUCUAUUUAAGAACAAAAUUGUGUUGGACGUGGGGUGCGGGACCAGUAUUCUCUCGAUGUUCUGUGCCAAAGCGGGCGCGAAGAUGGUUAUCGCAGUGGAUAACUCCAAUAUCAUCGAGAAAGCACGCGAAAACGUCUACGCCAAUGGUUUUGGUGACGUAAUAAAGUGCCUCCAUGGAAAAAUCGAGGAGGUCAGCUUGCCUGUUUCCCAGGUGGACAUUAUAGUCUCCGAAUGGAUGGGAUACGGCCUCCUUUUCGAGGCAAUGCUUGAUUCGGUUCUCUGGGCUAGAGAUCGCUAUCUCGCGCCGGACGGCCUCAUGGUUCCUUCCCACGCCACGCUGCGCAUUGCUCCUUACGUUGAUCCCGACUAUAUCGACUCACACGUUUCCUUCUGGAAAUCUGUCUACGGCUUUGACAUGUCAAGCAUGCUUGCCAAUAUCCACGAUGAGGUCAUUGUAAAAACCACUAAGCCGUCAAAUGUCGCUGCGGAGCCGGCCGUCUUCCUACAGCUACCAUUGCACACAAUCACAGUCGAAGAACUGACUUUCGUCAAGAACUUCGAAGUCACAUUAACGGAAGACAUCGACGCUCUGGAUGGUUGGAAUAUCUGGUUUGAUAUAUUCUUUAUGCCGUCACGCACAUCCAAAAUUAAGGACGACGCCGUGCCUUCGGAGAUGAAGAAGCAAGGCUUCGUGGCUUUCACCACUGGGCCCCAUGGACCAGAGACACACUGGCAACAAUGUGUCUUGCUUAUAAAUCAUGGAGGGAAGGAUCCUGUUCCGCUGAAGAAAGGCCAAGUCAUCAAAGGUGAAAUCGGGUAUCGGAAGAAAGAAGAAAGAUCGCGCGCUUUGGAAAUCGAGAUCCAGUGGGCCGCAGAGGGCAUGGAAAAGCAACAACAGACGUGGUCGUUGCAGUGA